AUGGCGCGCGAGCGAACUUUGCUCAGCAGCAUCAAUGAUGUUGAUUUUAGCGAGCGCAAAGAAGGGCCCGGUGCACCCGUGAAGGUCUUUCACAAGAACAGCGUCGAAAAACGCGUACAUAAUCGCCCUGCGAAGGCCGCUGGUGACCAUGAAGCUUCGCCUAAUCAGAACAGUGCUCCCAAGGAUUUUGCAAAUCUCGGAGAGCGUGGAGAUCCAGCGUUAUUCGAGGAGGAUCCGACAAGUCGUUACCACUAA